AGGAAAAGAAAAAACUUUUUACAUCAGAGUGUAGCGUGGAUUCUGAGGGCCUAAAUACAUGUGAAUUUAGUGAGAUAAGACACACAUCAGGACUUUUUUUUUAAACAUACUGAAAGACAACAGUCUGAAAGGAUGGUGGCAGAAGUACUGAUAAUCCUGAUGAUAAAGAUGGCAGAAGCUUACAUGCCUGGCUCUGAAACCAACGUGAAACAUGGAUAUGGAGCUGGUUCCCCAGAACUGAUGCAAAGCUCAUGCAAGUCGCUGGGAAUUGGAGUCAGAGUGAUUUCUUCCAACUUUUCCAGCAACACCUCGUGCCUGGAAGUAAGGAUGACGCAGAUCAGAGAGAUUCAGCAGCGUGAUUUCACCAACCUUCAGCACCUCAGAAAGCUUUACAUCAUACAGAACAACAUCCUGCAGUGCAUUGAUUCUUAUGCCUUUGCCGGUCUGUCUGGGCUCUCUGAUGUGUACAUAUCCGAAAAUCUUGCUUUAGAAACAAUAGGAGCUUUUGUUUUCUCUAAUCUCCCAGAGCUCACUGAAAUAGCGAUAACUAAGUCUAAACACCUGAGAUCCAUCCAUCCAGAUGCUUUUAGAAACAUGGUGAACCUUCAACAUCUGACCAUCUCCAAUACGGGCCUGAGAAUUUUUCCGGACCUUUCCAAGAUCCAGUCUGCAGCCCCACGUUUUAUUUUUGACCUUCAGGACAACAUCAACAUAGAAAGCGUCCCUGCCAAUGCCUUCAGAGGCCUCUGCACUAAACCAAUUGUGGAAAUACGGCUCACCAGAAAUGGCAUCAAGAAGGUGGCAAGUGACGCUUUCAAUGGAACAAAGAUGUACCGAUUGCUUCUCAGAGGAAACAAGCAGCUUGCUCACAUCAGCCCCAACGCCUUUGUGGGUUCCCAUGGGUUGGUGGUGCUAGACAUCUCUCAGACAUCUGUCAGCUCUCUGCCAGACUCCAUCCUCAGUGGUCUGAAGAAGCUGCUUGCAGAAUCUGCUUAUCACCUGAAAGAGCUUCCUAUUGUGCAGCGAUAUACAAAACUCCAAAUAGCCAAACUGACAUACCCUUCACACUGCUGCGCCUUCAAGAACGUACACAGUAACAGAUCUCAGUGGAUCUCUCUGUGUAAUCACCCUGAUGCAAAAACUAUGCCAGCCUUCUACAGAGAGUACUGUUCCAACUCCACCUCCGUCUCCUGCAGCCCGACACCUGACAAGUUUAAUCCGUGCGAGGACAUUAUGUCCCCCAUCCCCCUACGGAUCCUCAUCUGGAUCAUCUCUGUUCUUGCUCUGCUUGGCAACGCAGUGGUUCUUUUGGUUUUGUUAGGGAGCCGCUCCAAGCUGACUGUUCCUCGUUUUCUCAUGUGCCACUUGGCAUUCGCUGACCUCUGCAUGGGUAUCUACCUGAUAGUGAUUGCCACUGUUGACAUGCUAACUCAUGGACGCUACUACAACCAUGCCAUUGAUUGGCAGACGGGUUUCGGCUGCAAAGUGGCAGGAUUUUUCACGGUGUUUGCCAGCGAGCUGUCAGUGUUCACGCUAACGGCCAUCACUGUGGAGCGCUGGCACACCAUCACAAACGCCAUGCGGCUCGACCGCAAACUUCGUCUCAGGCACGCCUGCAUCAUCAUGACAGCUGGAUGGAGCUUCUCUCUGCUGGCUGCAUUGCUACCCACAUUUGGUGUAAGCAGCUACAGCAAAGUGUGUAUCUGCUUGCCAAUGGAUGUGGAGUCUGUUGCAUCCCAGGUCUACGUUGUUUCUCUACUCAUUCUCAACAUCCUGGCCUUUUUCUGUGUUUGUGGCUGUUACCUGAGCAUCUACUUGACCUACCGGAAGCCUUCAUCAGCACCUGCUCAUGCAGACACCCGAGUGGCUCAACGCAUGGCCGUCCUCAUCUUUACUGAUUUUGUCUGCAUGGCGCCCAUCUCCUUCUUUGCCAUCUCCGCUGCCCUCAAGCUUCCUCUCAUCACCAUCUCAGAUGCCAAAAUCCUCCUGGUCCUUUUCUACCCCAUCAACUCCUGCGCAAACCCCUUCCUCUAUGCGUUCUUCACCCAUACCUUCAGACAGGACUUUUUCCUCCUUGCAGCUCGCUUUGGCCUGUUUAAAACUCAAGCCCAGAUUUACAGGACAGAGACGUCUUCCUGUCAGCAGCCGACAUGGACCUCUCCAAAGAACAGCCGUGUCAUGUAUUCCCUGGCGAAUACACUAAGUGUGGAUGGGAGACAGGAUUUCUGAUAGUCGCCAAAAUAAUAAUGGUUACAGACUUUCAAUUAAUGAUCAUUUCUUUCACUUGCUGUGGUAAAAAACCCUUGGAUGGAAAGAUUUUAAAAGCAAUUAGUCACUUUAUUGUAGAAGAAGGCACCAGUGUUAGAAAAGUUAAGCAGUUCAAUUGAUCAUUAAGCAAUGUAGAUAUCCUUUAAC